AUUAGAAAUCUGACUAGAAUUCUCAAAAGAAUAACAAAUAACUAUAAUAAGAAAGACAGAGAGAGCGUUAACUUAUACUUAUACUUAUUUUCAAUGUUGGCCCAAAAAAAUAUUCCUCAUUGACAUUCCAUGCGCUGGCUCCCUGAUUUAUUAUUGGCGCAUGAUAAAAACAAAAGAGCCGCAGGGGGUACACCUCAUCGCCCAAAUCGACUGAGUGCUCUAAUAUUGGCAUAAAGCUAUCAAAGAUCCAUCGAUUCCUUGAGAAAUAACUAGUUGAACAACAGUUGAACUAGUUGAACAACAAUGUACAGAAGAUUCAUACCUUGGAGAACUGUCGCCACGCUCUUCCGUAAAAGUCUUUAUUUGAUUUUGCUUUGUCUUCUUUUCGCAAUGUCGACUUCAUGGUUCUAUAUUCAAUCUUAUGUUAAGCCUAUAGCAACAAAGCAACAAGUUCAACAAGAUCAAUUUCAACGAGCUCAUAACACAACGAAUGUUCCAUUUGUUGGAGCAAUCGAAGUUCACCACUGGCGUGAAGUGUGUGUAAAGUCCAUCAGCAGCCUUGUACAACUCCCUCAAUAUCCGCUGUAUCCAAAUCUCCAACAAAAUUUCACCUUAUCAGAAACAUUCUCCUUGAGAUUUAACGAAAAAAAACUCUGGGCAUAGAGUAGCCGGACACAUAAUUCCCUUGUCCAAUGGAUUUUACAGAUUUGGCGUCGAAUCAAUAGCACCAUGGCAGUUAUGGAUCGGUACGAGCGAAAACCCCAAAUCCUCACGAAAAGUUUCAGAAAAGACAACUACCACUAGAGAAUUACAAAUAACCGACGAGAUGCUUCUAGCUGGUGGGAAAAAUUACUAUUAUGAGAUUCUUCACGUCAUGGGCGACGUUAUCCAAAGUGAUACCCUUACCCUGAAAUGUUAUGUUAUCGGAUUAAAAUAUAUUAAGCCGAUAUUGAUUCUACCAGCAAUGAUCAGAGAUCCAGCCGUGUUGAAGGAAUUUCUGGAGUCUUCUCCAGCGUCAGACCUCACACCAACGGAAGAGCUUCUCGGGAAUCCAAACAACACAAAGUCUGCUUUAAACUAUACGGUAGAUCUGGAACAUUUAGAUAGUAUUGCUCUGGAAACUGUGUUCAGUAAUUGCUCGUACGACCCGAGUUAUCAACAAAAAAGAGAUUAUAAAAAGUAUGAAGGGGCUACAAGCGGGACAUACUUUACGAAAACCUACCCCAAGGACGGUAGCUGGAUUAGCGAUUGUCCAGCCUCGGAAGGUGGUUUCUGUUUGGGUAAUGAUGUGAUAGAUCAAGGAGUAGUUGAUGAAGUCAUUGAAAUGUUUAUGAAGUCGCUGGAGAAGGCAUAUCCCAGAAAGUAUUCAUUGGAGAAAAUUAUUGGCAUUGAAGAAAAAGAGGACAAGCAACGUGGAAGUCGCUACCUUUUAGAACUAGUUCUAAUAGAUAACCCGACGAAAUCAAAACUCCGAGUACUCAAUUACUUUUUCAAGUUUAAGAACAAAAGCACACUGUGCAUACCUGCUCGCUUGGCUCUCAGAAUGGACACCGUUAUCAACAUCGUCAUUACGGUCAGCGCGCAGAAAGUGUGGAUUCUACAUUUUAUUCGUGAUCUUGCGCAAGUGAUUAGAGACUCGAAUGAUCAAAAUGUAAACGUUAUAAUAGCAUAUUAUGGAAAUGAUCCUGCAAGCUUGGAAUAUGAGCUGAAGAGAAAAGAUAUAAAGAACUUUACGGUUAUCCCUCUGACCGGCCGCUUCCACAAAACGUAUGCCAUACAGAAAGCAGUGAGUUCCGUCCGGGAUAAGGACUCCAUUGUUUUUCUACUGGAUCUCCAUCUGCGCAUGCCAAGUAACAUUCUAGAGAGCGUAAGAAAGCACACGAUCCAGGGAGUCUUGGCUUACUCCCCUAUCGUCUUCCGGCUGUCAGAAUGCGCGGGACCUGGUACGAGGGAACAUCCAAGUAAAGGAUUUUUUCAGAAAAAUGGCUUUGGAAUAUUUAGUAUCUACAAGUCAGACUGGGAUGUGUUCGGCGGAAUGAAUGUGAAGGAUUUCAAACACACAUGGGGCGGGGAGGAUUGGGAUUUGGCGGACCGUGUGUUGAACAGCGGUAUUGAGAUCGAGAGACUCAUGUUGCCUGGAUUUUAUCACUUCUUUCACUCCCACUCAGGCAUGUGGGACAUAUCGUAGGGAGUGUUCAUUAAAUACCCUUAGGGGGGAUUUUAUCUGUAUUUUAUUUUUAAAGUAACAGUCAAUUCUAGUUAGGAAGCUAGAGGAAGUGAGAGCUAGGCCUGGAUAUAUUAAGAUUUUUUUUAUAUUAAAUCUAAAAUUUCGAGGAAAUGCUACCUUUUUGUCAACAAAUUGAUCUCCAGUGCCAUUAACACAAGUAACAAAUCCCCGUUUGCAGUUACCGCUAAAAUUGUGUAGUUCCAGAAAAAAAUAUACAUACCCCAUGGAGGGGGUAGGAGGUAUAACCCCCAACCCCUCUGGAAUUUACAACCCCCUGGAAAAAAAAAUAAACACCCCUCCCAUCUGGAAAUUACUGGGCAUUUGAACCCUCCACUCCCCCGGAACUUCCAAUCCCCUCCAUGGGGGGGGGGGGGGGGAUAUUUUUGGAACUACACAUAACUUUUGUCAAAACGUUUAAUAAGUUUAAUGGAAAAUGUGCAUGAUAUAGAUUGAAUAAAGAAAAAAAUAUAUAUAAUAAAGAAAAAUAAGGAAAAAAAUUAUUUUAACGAUAAAUCGCUUGUUUUAACGCUAACAGAGAAUAUCUGGGUUUUUUUUAGCCUGUUUUUCGGGAUUAAUAGUGCUAUUUCAAUAAUAGUACUAAAUAUUAUUUAGUGUUCCACGCUUUUAUUGCAAGCACUCUAUUCACAAGAUGUGCUUCGUAGAUUUACAAGAUAUUUCCAUACUUUUUCCAUACUAUUUACAUGGUAUCAAGUACUUGCAUCUGUGUGGUAAUUUUUUUAACACACAGUAUGUAAAUCCUAGUUUUACAGAGUCUUUGAAUGGAAAUGUUCACUCUCAUAGUGUGUAAAUAGUAUGUAAACCUAUUUCCAUAGUUUGUGAACACAGUUUUACAGGUUUUACAUACAUGGUGUAAGGUA